GAGUCCCGUAGGUUCCAAACCUCAACCUGCAGCCGGAAGGGGAAGUGAAACCCGGCGGGAGGUGGGGGCCCGGCCGGCCACCCCAGGAAGCACCGACAGCCGCGCAGCCACACCGGAACCGGCCCAGCACCCUGUGGGGCCCAGACGCACGCAGGCUGAUGGCGGAGGCUCCGAACGACCCCGGCUCUGAGGAGCAGGAGGAGUUGCUGGGGCUCACCACCCAGUUGAGUGUGGAGGAUGCGGACGAGGCCGCCUGUGAGCAACGCCGGCAUGAGCAAGACAGGCAGCUGCGGGCCCAGGACGAGGACGGAGGUGGCCAGUCCCUGGAGCGGCCAGAGCAGGAGACGCUCCUCGGCCUGGAGCCCUCAGAGGUCCCUGAACUGGACGAGGACGAGGGUUUUGGUGACUGGUCCCAGAAGCCAGAGCAGCGGCCUGGCUGCGGGGCCGGGGGGAACCCGGGCAGUGGAGAGCCCCCUCGGUGUGAGAGUCCGGAGGGCAAGCCGGAAGCACAAAGGCCCUGCCCGCACACCUGUGGGAGUGAGGAUGGGGACCUGUGCCCGGAUGAGGUCCCCUUGGAGGAGCCGGGUCUGAGCCAGGAGAGGCCCGGCCCACGCGAGGCUGUCCAGGACACGCUGGGUGCGGCGGAGGCUGAGGAGGCAGAGGAGGAGCACCAGACAGGCCGGCCGCACAGGACACCCAGCCCCCUGGGCUCCCCUCCCCUGAGCCCCACGACCAAACUCGCCGACAGGACGGAGUCCCUGAACCGCUCCAUAGGGAAGAGCAACAGCGUGAAGAAAUCCCAGCCUGCCCUGCCCAUCGCCAAGAUCGACGAGCGGCUGGAGCAGUACACGCAGGCCAUCGAGAGUGCCGGCCGGACCCCCAGGCUGGCCCGCCAGGCCUCUGUGGAGCUUCCCAGCAUGGCCGUCGCCAGUACCAAGAGUCGGUGGGAGAUGGGAGAGGUGCAGGCUCAGUCCGCGGCCAAGACCCCUUCCUGCAAGGACAUUGUAGCUGGAGACAUGAGCAAGAAGAGCCUCUGGGAGCAAAAGGGAGGCUCCAAGACCUCGUCCACAGUGAAGAGCACCCCGUCUGGGAAGAGGUAUAAGUUUGUGGCCACUGGACACGGGAAGUACGAGAAGGUGCUGGUGGACGGGGGCUCGGCGCCCUAGGCCUGCCGCACCCUCCAUGUUCCCAGGGGAGACUCCGGCCAGACACCUGCCCCUAGCCCUCGCUAAGAAGUUGCUUCCUGUCACCAGCCUGGCCCACUCUCCUUUGACACCCCCACACCCGCCUUGGCCCACCCGCCUUUGUCACCCCCCACUACCUCCUUUUGCUCCUGGACCCUCCAAGCCUCUCUCCCCUCCCACUCUCUGACCCCAGCUCUGCCUCUGACUGCUUGGGGGAGGAGAGAGACUCCUGAUCAUAGACCAAAGGGACUGCCCCCCAGAGAGGCCAAGAGCUCUCGGGAAAGGCAGAAGAACAAGGUGCCACCUGUGCAGAGAGGGGGCCGGUCACCCCACCAGAUCUGAGGGGUACCUGCAGGGUGAUCUCCAGGCCAAGAGCCACUGACACCUGCACUGGAUGCUCAGGACUCUGUGCCCCUCCUGCCCCCUGCUUGCACCGCUGCCCUCCCCACAUCAUGCAAUAAAGCUCCUUGUGUCCCCA